GAGGCACCACAGCAAAACAACAUUCUGGAGAGGAAAGAUUGGACUUGGAUCUACAGCCUGCAGACUCACCUCACAAAGCAACUGAGAUCAGGCACAGACAUAUCCCUGAUUUAUUGAGUUUUAAAGACAUUAACAGCACUUUAUGGUUUGAGAGGGGUUGUGAAGAAGGGGUUGUGGCAGCAGAACGGACAACGUGCUCAGGGGGUCUCAUAAAGGAGACCACAAAAACUGAGCCAACUACCACAUGCACUUUUACGCCUGGAAAUAAAGACAUGGAAGUAAAUGACAAUGAAAAGACUAGUGGUGUGAACACCACCAACUAUCAACGUCUUCCUUCUCCUGUCAAAGUCCCAUUAUGCGAAUUAAACCUUCCUACACGGGUGAAGAUCAAGGCUACCAAGCAAAACAAAAUAAUUAAGAAAAGAAGCAGCACUAGUGUCCAAAACAAAACAAAUCAGUCUUUUAACAUCUUGGCAGACAAAGAACACAUCCGUGGGAACACUAAAUCCUCCAAAAAUGUGAGGAAUUUGUCCGUUCCUUCACAUUCCUUAGCAAAUGUCAGAAAACCUGCUGAAGUCAUCAGUGGAGAGGCCACAGUGAAAUCAAGGAUAAUUUCUACAAAGACUGGUCAGAGAAGCACAGACAUGUCUUCUCUCCGAAUAAGGAAUACAGAGCCCUCAUGCCAAAGUGGCAAAAAGCUAAACAAUGACAGAAAGUCACUAACUAAAAUAAGUGAGCCUUGUCAGAAACCUAUCGAGCAAAGGGAACCGAAGACUGCCAGACGACCUAUGAAGACUGGAGAGAUCCAGAGUACCCCAAGGUCUAAGUCAGCCAUAGACUCCAUUACUUACAGUGACAUGUUCCGGGAAAUUGACAUUGGGACUGAUCAGGGUCCAGUUAUAUAUGAGAUGUUUGCAGGCCCAGUGUUUGAUAACAUCCGAGUUUCCAGGUCAAAAGGAUGUGAAAGGAACAGACAAGUGCAGUCUGCGCAAUCUAGGAAUGUCCUAACCCACAGGCCAAAACGCAAAUGCCCUAAACCACUGGAGAGCAACCGACAAAGGAGAAGCCCAGUGGACAAUGUGGUUUCUACUAAGGGCAAGCAGAGGAAGAAUCGAACUAUUAGGCCUAUAUCCAGAGGAAAGUCUAGCCUGACGCCCAUCGACAUCACUGAUGACAAGGACAACACAGUGGUCAUUUCUGGACUCAACUGGCGCAUCCACCCUCAGGCUGAGACUGAACCGGUCAACAGCAGAGAUGAAAGAGAGACCGUGGUGGCAGAAGAGCAUAUGUUGUCACUGUCAGUGAUAGAGGAAAUGCUGUCCAGUCACGCCUCUGACACACUCAUCCAUCAGUGGCGGCCAGAUGAAACAAGUCAGACAAAGAGUAAUCAUACAUCUCAAUCUGACCCAGGUGAUGACAGUCUCUGUGUUGAAGAAAAUAAGGGAUCCAAGGAGAACAAUGGGUCAGGCUCUGGCCAUAACAAUGGGAAGGCAGAUCACCUGGACCACUCGUCUGCCUGGUCACACAGUCCAGCGCAAACUAAGAUCAACACAUGGACUUCAGGUGGCUGUGACAGUAUGUCACCUGUGUUCCAGAAGUUUCUGGAUGGGGUAGGGGAGGGUCCUCUGACAGAGGAGUUGCUGAAGUGCUUGGCUGAAGAGCUGAUAUCACUGGAUAAAAGAGAGUGUGUGUCUCUGUGUUCAGAAAACAACUCUGACAAAGAAAGGGAAUCUAAAAAUAAUUCUGCACCAAGGCGAGAAAAAUCCUCCCAGAGGGAUGUUAUAUCACCUGGUGGAGUCCUCAGUGAGUCUCGGCUGGUAAUGGAUGAUGCCAUCACCUGGACAAAAGGAGAAGUACUGGGCAGAGGCGCUUAUGGAACUGUGUUUUGUGGACUGACCAGUCAAGGCCAGCUGAUUGCUGUAAAGCAAGUGGCCCUUGACACCAUGGACCUCGACACGGCCAACAAAGAGUACAGUCGCCUACAACAGGAAGUAGACUUGCUGAAGAACGUCCGUCACUCCAACAUCGUAGGGUUCCUGGGCACCUCUUUUCGGGACAAUGUAGUCAGCAUCUUCAUGGAGUAUGUCCCCGGAGGCUCCAUCGCCAGCGUUCUCCACCGGUUUGGCCCCCUCCCGGAGCGCAUCCUUGCCCUGUACACCCGUCAGGUCCUAGAGGGCGUGUCUUACCUGCACCUGAACAGAGUUAUCCACCGGGACCUGAAGGGGAACAACCUGAUGCUGAUGCCUACGGGAGUCGUCAAGCUUAUUGACUUUGGCUGUGCCCGGCGUUUGAGUUGCCUCACUAACACAAACAGUCGUAGCGACCUCCUGAGGUCAGCGCACGGUACGCCCUACUGGAUGGCACCAGAGGUCAUCAACGAGACCGGUCACGGCCGGAAGUCGGACAUCUGGAGCGUAGGGUGCACCGUGUUUGAGAUGGCCACGGGCAAGCCGCCACUGUCACACAUGAACAAGAUGGCGGCCCUCUUCUACAUCGGGGUGAGGAGAGGCCUGAUGCCUUCCCUGCCUGGUGCCUUCUCGGAGGACGCCAGGGACUUUGUUCAAGUCUGUCUGACUAGUGACCAGAAACAGCGUCCAACUGCAGAACAACUACUGGACCACCCUUUUAUUACCAAGGAUGAAGUGAUCUUAGUUUAGGGCCUACAUGCACAGCUGUCAAAAAGUGCCAAUCAGUAACCCUAUCAACAGUUUAUACAAAUCUGCUAAAUUUAUAUGACGUCUUUAAAUUCCUUUUCUAAUGUGUUGCUUAAAACAUUUGACAGUGUUAGGCACCUUUGGAUCAAGAUUUUGCAGAGGAUACAAAUAUAGCACGCCUAACAUUUAGCAUCCGCGCAGCAUACAGUAAGUACCAAUCAUACAACACAGGGCAUGUUUUAAGGUAGUGAUAACCUUAAGGUUUAUUUGUAGAACUUAAAUGAGAAAAAAAAAACUGGAUGUCAAGAUUUGCACUUAGCCUUCUUGUUACCAAACCACCAACAAUGUCUGUGCCAACCAGUGUAAUCACUGUAUCAGUACUCCGGGGAACAUACCACCUUGGCCUCAAUAUGAACUGU